GUGUGCGAUAAGCCGGGGCCUAAACUCUUACAAGCUGAGAAUGCAGCCUAGUGACCGAGAAGAGAGAUCAGUUGUCUGGGAUACUGAAGCUUAUAACUUUUUUCAAGAAGAUUGUCCACCUACAGCCAACAAAUUACUGUGGAGACAAGGACAGCUCUGUAGUGUGGUGGCAGGUCUUUAUUUCGUCACUGGUGGCAUAUAUCAAGUCCGUGGAUUCGAUCUUGCCAAUAUGACGAUUGUAAAAAUCCCGAGAACAAACGGAGUCAUCAUAAUCGACUGUUUAACCUCGGAUCAUUUUGGUAGCGCAGAUGCCAUCAUUGAAGAAGCUAAGGAGGCAGGUCAAACUCUUCGGAUCUUUGGUCCUGACGGGUUCCUCAAGUAUGCUGUUAGCGAGAGUUUGUACGCUGGAGCAGCCAUAAGUCGUCGAUCAAUUUAUAUGUAUGGUGAAAAGUUGGACAAAAGUACCGAUGGGAAAAUUGGUGCCAUCACCCAGAAUGGUGGUAUUGUGGAUAGUAUCGACGGUUUGCAGAUAACAUGUCAACUUACUCCGGGAGCUGAGGCUCCAGCUGAAGUUAAUUAUUAUUUUCCCUACUGUAGAGCGUUAUGUGCAGCAGAGAAUGCUACACAUACACUACAUAGUAUUCAAGCUCUUCGAGGAGCAACUGUACGUGACGCACGACUAUGGUCAAGAUACUUAGAUGAGACCAUUACUCUAUUUUGCAACGAGACAGAAGUGGUGUUUGCUAGCCAUCAUUGGCCAACUUGGAACGAGAACGAUGCCUCCUACUUUGAGUACCAAGACACAUCUUCAAGGUGUUAUGGAUCCAUCAGUCACAGUGCAAAAGCUAUUUACGACAAAUAUAAGGGUUGGUUCGAUGGGAACCCCGCAAAUCUUUGGCCCCUUCAACCUACCGACGAAGCAACCGAAUACGUCAAAUGUAUGGGUGGAACCGGUGGAUAUCAAGCCGUUCUAGACUUGGCUCAAGGAUAUAUCACGAAUAAAGAAUUUCGAUUCGCCGCCACUAUUUUGGAUAAACUCGUUUUUGCAAUGCAAAGCGCAGAUGAUAAAGACAGUGAUCUUGCCAAGGAAGUAAUGAAUACCUUGGCUGGUGUAUAUACUGUCUUGGGACACGGCUCGGAGAAUGUCACCUGGCGAAACAUUUAUCUGACAGGAGCUCAUGAAGUACGAUUUGGGGCUAAGACUGCAAUCGGUGUGAUGGCACUUGAAUCAUUGUUGUCAUUGAGCCUCGACGAGUUAUUCGAUACGAUCGCUAUCAUUAUUGACGGACCAGCGACUAUUGGAAAGCAGAAGAUGUAUCUGGAAAAGGAUAUUACGAUCGAUUUUAUGGUUUCGAACAUCGAACAAAACAAUAAGCCGGUCGCCGGUUGGCACUUAAGACUAAGCAAUGCUGCUUUUAUAGGCCACGCAAUUGCCUACGUAAAGCCUUCGAAUAAGUCAAACGCCGGAAGUGAUCUGACAAUCUGGUCUGAUCAUAGAAAUCUUGUAGAGUUGGUCGGAGCAGCGAUUGCUGGAAAAAGCCCUGUCAUUGUCGAUAACAAAAAAGUCAUCCUUGAUACCGCUGGAGACGUGGAUGCUUGGACCGAUAUCAUGGUUUUGAUUAAAUUGCCCAGUACCAAAUUCAACAUUGUGACGCCAUAAACAUAGACAUAGAGUACAAGCUCUACAGCUUGGCAUCUUCAACAGUAGCCGAGUAUAAAGGUGUCAGUUCUGGAAAGUGGUUGGAAUUGUGAAAAAAAAAGACA